AGAGGGAGGAAGAAGCGGCGGCGGCGGCUCCUCUUUGCAGAGGUGGAAACUCCGAGGGAUAAGAGCAGGAAUAAUGCGGUAGGCUAGGCGGGCUGCUCGCUCCCGGCUCCGGCAGCAGCGGCAGCAGCCCGAGCAGCGGCAGCAGCAGCGGCAGCACCUCAGGCGCUGACAGCCCCGCCGGCCGGCUCCCUCGCUGACCGCCGACUGUCAAUGGAGCUGGAAAACAUCGUGGCCAACACGGUCUUGCUGAAAGCCAGGGAAGGGGGCGGAGGAAAGCGCAAGGGGAAAAGCAAGAAGUGGAAGGAAAUCCUGAAGUUCCCUCACAUUAGCCAGUGUGAAGACCUCCGAAGGACCAUAGGGGGCGGUUCCUGGCUCCUCCUCUACAGUUGGCAAGGAUACAGUCAUUCCAUCCUCCCAGAGAGAGAUUACUGCAGUUUAUGUGACAAGCAGCCAAUUGGGAGGCUGCUUUUCCGGCAGUUCUGCGAAACCAGACCUGAGCUGGAGUCUUACAUUCAGUUCCUGGACUCAGUGGCAGAAUAUGAAGUUACUCCGGAUGAAAAACUGGGAGAAAAAGGGAAGGAAAUUAUGACCAAGUACCUCACCCCAAAGUCCCCAAUUUUCAUCGCCCAAGUUGGCCGGGACCUGGUCUCCCAGACGGAGGAGAAGCUCCUUCAGAAACCCUGCAAAGAACUCUUUUCUGCCUGUGUGCAGUCUGUCCAUGACUACCUGAGGGGAGAACCCUUCCACGAGUACCUGGACGGCAUGUAUUUUGAUCGGUUUCUCCAGUGGAAGUGGUUGGAAAGGCAACCGGUAACCAAAAACACUUUCAGGCAGUACCGAGUACUAGGAAAAGGGGGCUUUGGGGAGGUCUGUGCCUGCCAGGUUCGGGCCACGGGUAAAAUGUAUGCCUGCAAGCGCCUGGAGAAGAAGAGGAUCAAAAAGCGGAAAGGGGAGUCCAUGGCGCUGAAUGAGAAGCAGAUCCUGGAGAAGGUCAACAGUCGGUUUGUGGUCAACCUGGCCUACGCCUACGAGACCAAGGAUGCGCUGUGCUUGGUACUGACCAUCAUGAACGGGGGGGACCUGAAGUUCCACAUCUACAACAUGGGGAACCCGGGCUUCGAGGAGGAGCGUGCCCUGUUCUAUGCGGCAGAGAUCCUGUGCGGCCUGGAAGACCUCCACCGUGAGAACAUCGUCUACAGAGAUUUGAAACCUGAAAAUAUCCUGUUAGAUGAUUACGGCCACAUUAGGAUCUCGGACCUGGGCCUAGCUGUGAAGAUCCCGGAGGGAGACCUGAUCCGCGGCCGGGUGGGCACUGUCGGCUACAUGGCUCCAGAGGUCCUGAACAACCAGAGGUACGGCCUGAGCCCCGACUACUGGGGUCUGGGCUGCCUCAUCUAUGAGAUGAUCGAGGGCCAGUCGCCCUUCCGCGGCCGCAAGGAGAAGGUGAAGAGGGAGGAGGUGGACCGCCGGGUCCUGGAGACUGAGGAGGUAUAUUCGCACAAGUUCUCCGAGGAGGCCAAGUGCAUCUGCAAAAUGCUGCUCACCAAAGAUGCAAAGCAGAGGCUGGGCUGCCAGGAGGAAGGGGCAGCAGAGGUCAAGAGACACCCCUUCUUCAGGAACAUGAAUUUCAAGCGCUUAGAAGCCGGGAUGUUGGACCCUCCCUUCAUUCCAGAUCCCCGGGCCGUGUACUGCAAGGACGUGCUGGACAUCGAGCAGUUCUCCACCGUGAAGGGCGUCAACCUGGACCACACAGACGACGACUUCUACUCCAAGUUCUCCACGGGCUCCGUACCCAUCCCUUGGCAAAGCGAGAUGAUCGAAACAGAGUGCUUUAAGGAACUGAAUGUGUUUGGACCUAACGGUACCCUCUCGCCGGACCUGAACAGAAGCCACCCUCCGGAACCGCCAAAGAAAGGGCUGCUCCAGAGGCUCUUCAAGCGUCAGCAUCAGAACAAUUCCAAGAGUUCAGCCAGUUCCAAGACCAGUUUUAACCAUCACAUAAAUUCAAACCAUGUCAGUUCAAACUCCACCGGAAGCAGCUAGCUGCAGCUCUGGCCUGAAGCCCACGGUGGGACCAGCCUAGACCCUUCUCCUUAGAAGCGGACUUGUGACCGGUGGAGCUUCCGCCCUGGCGGGCAGGCGGGGGAGCCCUCCAGGAGCCGGGGAAGGAGGCCGUCCAGCCCCGAGAUGGGGAGCCUCCAGGUUCCUCAAAGAGAUUUCCACUCAGGUCUGUGUUCGGAGGCGGCCCUCAAGCCAAGGUGGAUUGGCUGUGUCUCUGUCGAACAUUGCAAUAGAAAUCCAAUUGGAUACAACUUGCACGUGUUUUAACAGCGUCGUAACUAGAACUGAAUUUUGUCUUUAUUAUUUUUAAAGAAAAGUUUUGUAAAUUUCUCUAUUGUUUCAGUUUACAUUUUUGUAUAUUUGUAUUUAAAUGAAAGUCAGACUUUGAGGGUGUAUAUUUUCUGUGCAGCCACUGUUAAGCCAUGUGUUUUAAGACAUUUUAGAGGGGUGGCGGGCGGGGAAGGGUGUAAAAAAAAAAAAUGUGACUCAAGACUUCCAGAGCCUCAAAUGAGAAAAUGUUUUUAUUAAAUGUAGAAAAUGAUUCCCAUUUCACCUUUAAAGGAUUGAUUGUAUCCAUCUCUAUAACCUUUCCCUCCCUCGCAUUGGUAUCACCGUUCUGUUGGCUUGUAACUCUCUGAAUUAAAUGCGCAAAGACCGACUGGGACUUCACCCCCAGCCAGGAUGUGUUCCGUUGGGGUCCAUGGAGUUGCCUGGGCCCAACUCCGUCAAGAUGUGCACUUUUCCUUUGGGGGCACACGAUGCCACUGUUGCUUUGGCCUUGGCCUCCUCUUCCUUCUGGAAGGCGGCCGGUACGUGGAGCUGAGGGUCUUCAGCUCAAGGGUGUCUAGGCCUCUUUCUUUCUGAGUAGGUUCUGACUGCUAAAGCCAGUAUGUUUUCAAGAGGCUUGCAUCUGGGGAUUGUUUUAUUCUAGUUUUAAGAGACGCAUAGCAACGAUGAGGAGUAGUCAUGGAACCCCAAGAGUCCCAAAUGCUUACAGCCCAUAGAAACAUCAGGGAGCGGAGGUCUUGGGCUUGUAGAGGAGAAGGUGGCUCUCCAGGAUCUCUGGGCAUGUCCCUUGAGUGUUUACGGGGUCAGAGGGCCUUGAGAGCUUCCUGGGGCCCCGCAGAUUCAUUGGCUCAGGUGGCAUGGAUGCAGGAGGCUGGCUCUCCAAGCAAAUGGGAGAGGCCGGGCCACCCACAGAAGCUCAAGAAAAACUCACUGUCCCUUCCGGGAGAGGUGAAGCAGAGGCGAGCUCUCAUUGGGCAUCUCAAAGCUCCAGGCACAAGUAGCCCCAGGAGAACUUGGCGGCUUUGCCAGACCAGGGUCUCUAAAGGCAGCCCCCAGGCCCUUUGAGCAGGGCUGUCCAGCCCCAGGGAGCGGCCAGCCUCCCCCCUGCCGCCUUCACAAGGUGACAGGGAGCAAAGCUGCCUUUGCCUCCCCUCCGGGACGGGGUGAACAGUUGAAUUCCCGGCUCCCCUGCUUGCCAGGUCACCCUCAGUCAGACCUGGUCUCAGCCACUGGGCAGCUGCCAGGGUUUCUCCCGGCGCGGGCCCUGCACUUCCUGCAGCAGCAUCUCCUGUUAAAAUACAGAUUCUGGGCUCCACCCCAAACCUACGGAAUGGGAUUCCCUGGGAGUAGUGCCCAGGAAUCUGUAUCUCUAAAAAGCACGCCAGGUCAUUCUGAUGCACCCUGGAGUGUGAGAACCACUGCCUUAGGCCAUCGGUGGGGCUUUUGAUGUGAUCCUCCCAAACUUAUUUCUCUAGGUGACCAGGCAACUUUGGAGCCUGAGCUUUUAGGGAGGAGAGAGAAGCCAGCGUGUCAGCCUGUGUCCCAAUUUCCAUGCUCCUUCCCCAAACUUUGCCAUUGGGUCCUGAGGCUAGACAGGGGGCUGACCGUUGCAACUGACCAUUUUGAGGUCAUUUUACAAGGAAAGAGAAGAAAAGAAACAGUUGGGCCUCCCUUAGAUCCCUUUAAUGUGCAGUAUUAUUUUCUUCAAGACCAGCUCUCGUCUCCGAGGCUGCUUCCGUUACCUCUCUGGCGCUGAGUACAAGAUUAAUACAAAUAGCCGUGUUCAGUGUUUGCUGAGGAAGUGGAAAGCUCUUUGAGCAGUAUUUUAAGAUCCUCAAGCUCUUACUGACCCUCCUCAAUGAAAAGGACAGUCAUCUUCCUGGGACAGUCCACGCCACCACCCUCCUGUCCAGAAAUUUCAUUCAUUUUGCCCGAUUCACAGCAACUCAAACCUUUCCAAACGGACUGGUGGGGAGCAACCAGUCUCUUUACACCUCAAAGCCAACGCACUGUCCGUUUGCGGUAGAGAAUCAUCAAGAAGCAAGAAAGAAAACAUACAUCUGCUCAGUGUGUUUCUACAUCAUGAGAGCACAGAAGCACAGGACUUUGCGUGGCUCUCAGGAUAACGGGAGUCUUCCUUCACCCUCGCCACCUGUCCCCUGAGCGCCCCAAAGUGUACAGGGUCAGAGUUACUGGCCUUUUCAAUCCUCCUUUUCCUUUCAGUCCAUUGCUUUGUACAGAGAAGGGGCGUCUUCAUUUGGAACAGUGCCUGAAAGCCAGCCCCCUCCCCUCUGGGUCCCCAGUUGCCACAGGUCCUGUCCCUGGACCCCCAGCCCUGCCCCGCUGCCAACCUCUACUCCAGCUUGUUUUCUAUGGUUGCAUUUUUAAAAAGAUUUUUUAACUUAAAAAAAAAAAACACAAACCUUCCCACCAUCUACCUGUCCAGGAGGAGGCCUAUUUGGGCAGCCAGUGGAUUUAAAUCUUUUUACUGCAUUUGAACUCUUCACGGAAGAGACUUUCUUCCUCCAAGCAUGACGUUUUUCUCACCGGACCUUCUCUGACUUCGUGCCUUUGAGGUGAGACGCAGGGCCUUGCAGAAGCACCUCUGCUUCCCCUGUUCCAGAGCCAAGCCGCUGUCCCCAGUGAGAUGGGGGUGGUCUCUGCCGUGAUCACCAUGACCUGUGAGUGUUUCUCAAGCCCCCUGGGCGGCUCCCAUGAUUAUCACCCACAAGAUCACAAAGACCCAACCCCACCUUCACGGAGGAUGGUACCACCUCCCACAUCAACUCAUCCUCUGAUCUUUCUAGGCCGGGAACAUCGUUCUUUAAACCACGAGGCUUCUCGCGAGGGCGGCUGACUUGCACAGUAGCUAAGGGCUGCCCUGUCUUGAGCCGCCCCAGGAGGGCUUGUUUCCCGAAAUGCACUGCUCUUAACAAAGGGGAGCGCUCAGUCUUGGAGGCCAUGCAGCACGGAAGCAAGCGGUGUGGCCUGGGGUAUGCACGCUUCUCAGGCAGCCCACGGGGGCAAAUGGCAGUGAGUUCUGGGGACACGUAUGUGGACGUGGCCUUGGCAUUGAAAGCACAAGUGAGAUGCGGCUGCCUGCCCUUGAAUCUAGCAAUCCUUGGUGAUGCUGAGGGCCUGGCCUCCGAGAGGCCAGGGGUCAAGGAGCCCAGCCCUCCGUGGAAGCUUCCCCCUAUCCUUCUACACCCCUGUCCUUUCCCCCAGACUUUUCCCACUAACUUUCUCAUGCAAACUGCUGACCCAGACCUCAAUACAGAGGGAGCACUGCAGCCUCCUUGAGCCUGGUAGCCCAGGCCUUGCCGAAGGGAACAGCGGCCUUGCGGACCACCAAGUCCCCCGAGAUGAAGAGGAAACGCCAGUCGGGGUGACACCCAGCCCUCCUCUGGGGCUGCUGUGUGCUUGCGUAUCCAUGGGCAACCCCUCUGGUUGUCUCCUGUUCUCUAGCUCCACACUCUGAGGUAGGACCUCCUAACUUUUUAGCCUUUCUAUGGAAAGAGUGUGAAAUCUUUGUGCAUUUCCAAGCGCAGAGCUGUGAGUCACGAACGGCAGAGAGCUCGCUUUCUGAUCACAACAGACCACAUGGUGACACCUCGUCCCCCUAGGCACCUUCUGUACCUACUUUUAGGACCAACCAGCCCAGCUUUUGAAGCUCCAACGUGUAGGGGUCAGACCCUGCUCAGGUGCAGGUACCUCGUCUGGUCUAACUUUAAAGGCUUGUGCUGUGGACAGUGGCUAAAACCUUUGAAACACUAGCUCUCCUUAGGAGGGAAAGACACUCCCCAAAAGAAGAAUCUAGAUGUCUUUCCCUGGUCCAUCACUAAGUCAUUUUUGUAAUAGAUCAAAAGCAAAUGUUCUCAAUUAGAAGAGCUUAGUGGCUGUUAAAAUAAUUAGUGUUAAAAUAACAAUCCUUCUAGUAUCCAAAGGUUGCUAUUUUUUUUUCAGGGAAAUUUUAACAUUGAUGAGUAAAAAUAGUUCCAUUCUGGAGUCAUUCCCGAGGAUAACGGCUUCUGUUCUCCUGCUGCUCUUGAAUCUUUGUAUGUUCCCUCGAAUAUGUCACAGUGCUGCUGUAUCUAGAUCGAACCACUGUUGUUGUUUUUUUAAGAGAAAUAAAUUCCUUAAUGAA